UCAUCCCGCAUUCCCCAACAGGAGAGACGUAGCGCAGAGCUCGCUACAUUAUAACCAAUCCUCGUGAAUCUAGAUUUGUGCAAAAGUGAGAAAAAAGAUUAAAUAGUUCCGGAGUAAAUUCAGGAUGAUGGAUCCUGAAAGUAUUGAGCUGCAGCCUGUAGAGAAGUAUAACACCAGCUACCUCAGAAAGGAUGAACUCGGUAGAGGGAAGUUUGGGGUCGUCUUCCAGAUUGAAGACAAAUCGACCGGAAACAUUAUGGCGGCCAAACACAUCAAAAUUCGAAAAGAAGAACACAAAAAAAGAGUAAAAGAGGAGAUUGGAAUCCUACAGAACCUAUCCAACCCUCAUGUUAUCAAGUUUGUAGAAGCUUUCGAGAAUAACAGGGAAUUGAUACUAGUGAUGGAAUAUCUAGACGGAGGAGAACUCUUUGAAAGAGUUGCCACGGAAGAUUUUAAUCUGACUGAGUCUGAUUGCUGCCUCUUCAUUAGGCAGCUAUGUCGAGGAGUAGAUUAUCUUCAUUCAAAACAAAUUGUUCAUUUGGACUUGAAGCCUGAGAACGUGGUGUGUACACACAAAGACAGCAACUCCUUGAAAAUCAUAGAUUUUGGUCUCGCUAAGAAGAUGUUACCCGAAGAAAAGUUUAAAAUGAUGGGAGGAACCCCUGAGUUUGUUGCCCCUGAAGUUGUCAACUAUGAGUUUAUAGAUUUGUCUACAGAUAUGUGGUCGGUUGGAGUUAUCUGCUAUAUUCUUCUCUCUGGAUAUUCACCUUUUAUGGGGGAAACUGAUUCAGAAACGUUCUCUAAUAUUUCAAGUGUAACCUAUGAUUUUGACGAGCCUGAGUUUGAUGAUAUCUCUACAAAUGCUAAGGAUUUUAUUCGGCGCCUCCUCUUAAAGAAUCCGAAAAACAGAAUGACCGCAAAAAUGUGCCUAGAUGAUCCUUGGUUACUGGAAAAGGAUAUUGGAAGCAAUGUGCUAAAAACUGAUAAUCUUAGGAAGUUUCUUGCGCGGCGUAGAUGGCAAAGAUGUGGUCAGGCAAUACGAGCAAUGAAGAGGAUGUCAGGUUUGAUGCUGAAAAGACAAUCUUCCUUGAGUUUAUCCCGAGCAGGUUCCAACGAUUCUCUGUGCUCCACGCCACCUCUCUCUAGAAGUAAUUCAAGAGAAGGAUCUCCUCUCCUUGAAAGAAAACAUAAACCAGAAGAGAAUGAUGUAUCAUCAGAAAGUCAAGAUCAAGGGGUCCCUGGAAUGAACCAAGGGGCCCCUGGUUCUUGUCGAGAUAGGGCCCCUAGGCUCAAUCUUUUAGAGUCCAGGCUGAGAGAAGAACUUAGUUUAGAAACCCUGGUUUUCAGAAAACAAGAUAUUGACGAAAAGAAUGAGAUAAAGAAGAAAGAAGACCCAGAAAAACUCAGAAACUAGAGUUCCAUCAUUCAUAAUUCUUUCUAUUCCUAUUUUUAUUCCUAACUUAUUCUUAUUCCUAACUUAUUCUUAUUCCUAUACCUAUUCUUAUUUCUAUAACUAUUCUUAUUCCAAAUCCUUCCUUCCCCAUAUUCUAAGUCCAUUCUUACAACUGCUACUAUUCUUACUCUUUUUUAACCUAUUCCAUGGAAUGUUAUCCUGCUAAUUAAGAUAUUUCUCCUAUUUUAAUCCUAAUGCUCGAGUAUGUUGUUUGUUUUGUAUCACUAUUCGUUUGAAAUAAUACAAAAAGAAAAAAGGAUAAGUAUUUAACCAAGAACACUUCUCCUAUACUUCCUUGUGUUUAAUUUCCUAGAAUUCCUUGAAUCUAUUUCAUGGAUUUGUAACUUGAAUCAUGCUAAAAUUUCAAUAUCUAUUCUUAUUUAUCUAUUUAUUUAUGGUGACAUUAUUUAUCUAAAAUAAAAUUAAGAAAUUAAUUCAUUUCUGAACGAGAAGAUGGGUAUUAUCAUUUAGUCCUAAUAUAUAAUUUCUUGAUUGAUUUACGUGGGUUUGUGUAUUUGAAUUUUUCCCAUAUUUAAUAUAUUGAUGUCAAAUAAAACUAUUUUGGUUUCUUUAUUUGAAAGGGUGAAAUAUUUUAAAAUUAAAUAUUGGUUUAAUCAUAUCAAAAACUUGACUUUAGAAAUAUUUUUAAAUCUUCUUGUUACGUCUUAUUUUGAAGAUUCUUAAUAAAGGAAUUAAAAUAAGUUUAAAAUUGGAGUAUUCAAAACUAAACAAAUUCAAGAGAAAAGAUUAAAAUUCAUUAAAAAUUAAAAUUUUAUUUAGUUUUAUUAUUAUUUGACAUUGUUACUAUUAUAUGUGCAGUAACUAUGUUACUUGUGUACAGUAACUAACUAUUAUACUGUAACGUUUAUACUUGAAAGUUAACAGUUUUCUUAUUAAGUUGCUAAACUGUCGCCAGAAUUAACAAUAAGACUUUGUACAAAAACAUUGUUUAAAUAUCAUAAAAUAAAUAUUUUAAGAUUGUA